AUCUAAAAAUUAAUGCCCAUAUAAGGUAAUACAAACGAUGGACACUAUCAGUUGUGAAUAAGUUUGUGUGUCCGCCUACCCUGUCUUCGACUGUUUGUCGCCCAGCAGGUGCUCCAAUCAAUUCAAUGUACCGGUGAUCAAUCCAUUCUAAUGAAUAUUCAUCGCCGCUGGUCAAAUGGACUACAAUUUAUUUUUACUACAGGCUUGUGAAAAGAAAAGUUGAUCUCAAUCGGUAUGGAUGCAAGUUGGUCCGUCGUCAUCUUCAUUAUUUUAUCGUGGGUUCAACAUUCAAAUAAUGCGCAUGUCGGAGACACAGAUUUCGCAAAUGGUAACUAUGGAAUGUGGAAGAACCUGGCUGCCGAGGAUAUUAAGUGGAAACCAGCAUUGACCCAGCUUCUCGGUGGUCCUAAGGAUCACUCAGGCAAACAAGGAACCUACCUUUAUGCAUCAGUGAACUCUAAUGAGUAUGGAACCGCAAUCUUAUUCGGCCAAGACUGGUUCAGCCCGAAGAGAAUCCCAUUCUGCCUAACCUUCUACUACUCAAUGUUCGGCAACCCCCGGAGUGAUCUAAAUGUUGUGCUAGAUCCGGGGGGGAAUUUGGAGUAUUACUAUGUAGCACUUUUGGUAAACUCCACGGAUAUCGGCGAUCACGCAGAUCGCUGGUUCAGAGCUGACGUCAGCAUCACGGGUAACAUCACGAAGAAGGCUAGUAUUGCUGCUCACUUCUCACCCGGUGUGGGUCAGUCCGGUAUCGCUAUUGAUGACAUAUCGGUCUCAGAUGGAAUAUGCGAUUGUUUUAACGCGCAGCCUGAGUUAUGCGAUGCCUGGGGAAGAAAAGGGUUCUGUCGCACUAAUCCCAAAUGGAUGGCGAAGUACUGCAGGAAGAGCUGUGGCACUUGCGCCUGCCGUGACUAUCAUCCGCUCUGCGUGGAGUGGGCCAUGAAGGGGAGGUGCCAAGAACGAGAUGUAGCCUUCACUUGCCCUUACAACUGCUCCGUUUGCCAUUGUCAUGAUAACUUCGCCGUAUGUCCAACCCUUGGUGGAAUGGGAUACUGUGACAAGAGGAGAGAAUUCAUGAGCGUCAACUGUCAGAAGACGUGUGGCUUGUGUGUCGUCAUGGCCUGAAGGUAGAUAGACAUUGUAAGCUUUUAAAGAAAACCCAUGUCGGCGCAUUAACAGAGCUACAGCGCAUUCGUCAAGUUCGAGUUUAAGUUAAAGUUUGUUUGUCCGAAUAGCCUGUUCCAAAAGAAGGAGCAAUUUGCUUGCAUCAGUUCUACAUCUUCAUCCUACAUUACAGUAAAUGGCUCCUUGCUAUUGCUUCGUACGAUUACCUUCCUGUUUGAAUAGAAAGGGCUAACCUGACGAGACAAGAACCGGAUAACUGUACAAAAGAACAAAGGGAAACGUUUUAAAGGUUUCGUGUAAACCCUGUUGGAGUGUGCCUUUAUGUGCCUUAAGUUUGCACGGAUUUUGUUUUUCUUUGAAAAUUUUAUUUAAAAUUAAAUCAAUAUUUGAAAGGUCCCGCAAGCCGGAUCUAGCGAUCUUGUCUUCAAAUCGGAAAGGGCUGGACGCGACUCAUUCAAUUCUCCAAUGAGAAUAACCAAUUAACUAAACAUUUAAAUUAGUACGAUAGUGUUUUAUUGUUAAAAACAGUUAAAAGUUACAAAUAUUUCAUA